AUGAGUUACAUUGAAAAUUUUUCUAAAAAUGAAAAUGCUAGUUUAAGUUAUAUAAAUAUUUUAAGAAAUAAUACAAAUACUUCAAAUAAUAUUUUAUAUAAAAAUUAUUCAAAUAAUAAAAAUAAAAAUAAAUCUAAAAAUAUUCCAGAAAAUUGUAAAAUAAAAUAUAAAAAUAUUUUAUUAAGUAAUACUAUAAAUGAUAAUAAAGUCAGCAAUCAGAGUAAUACAAAAAAUACAGUAGAUCAAAAAAAGGAUUCAUUUAAUAAAAAUGAAGAGGUUAUUUCAUUCACGCAAGAAAAAAAUUUUGCUGACAUAAAUGAAAAUCCAAAUAAUACAUUUAUUAAUGAAAAAGAAGAUUCUUUAAUAAAUGAUAAAAGUAUAAAUUUUUACUCUGAAUUUACAAGAGGAUCAAGUCUUUUAUCUAAUGAAAAUUAUAAGGAAGAAAAAAGUGAUGCUUCUAUAAAAUCGAAAAAUAAUAAUUUAAAUGAAAAUAAAAUAUCUCUUAGUAAAAUUUCCAAAAAUAGUUCAUGCUAUUCAACUGAUUUUAUAAAUCAACCUCAAGAAUCAAAUGAAAUGAUAAAUAAAAAAAAAAGUAGUAGUUCUUAUUUAAAUAUUUUAAACAAUGAAAAUUGUAACGAUUACAUGGCACAUUCAGAAUAUAAUCAAUCAAAUAAAAAUAUUAAUUUGGCCUUUGAUAAAAAAAAAAAGACAAAUGAAAUUGUUAAGAAUGAAAAUAAUGAAGAAGAAAAAAGCAAAAUUAAUGCUUUGAAUUAUUUCUUUAAUACACACUUAGCAUCUGAUAAAAAAAAAAUAGAUGACUUUUCUCUCAAUCCUAAUGAAAACAUGAAUAUUAAUUUAAUGCAAAAUAAAAAACAGAACUAUGAUGAUGUAAAUAAGGAAGAUAAUUAUGAUAAACUGAAUGAAAAAAAGCAAAGUGAUAAUUUAAAUUAUUCUACAAACAUGUUAAAUUUUCAUUCAGAAAACAAUAAAAAAAAUAAUAUGAAUCAAAAUAAAAAUUUUGCAAAUAUUUUCUAUCAUGAAAAUAUAGAAGAUUUAACAGAUAUUACAAAAAAUAAUGAAUUUUCAAUUUUUAAUAUUGAUGAUAAUGCAGAAGAUGAUUCAACAAAAAAACAAACUAUAUUAAGCAAUAAGGAUAUGUAUUUAAAUAAAAUAAGUGAUGAUUUAUGCAUAAAUAAGUUCAAUACUAUGUGCGGCAGGGAGAAUAAUAAUACAUCCGUUGAAAAAAGCCCUAAUAAUAAUGAAAACUAUGACAUAUACAAUGAUGAAAGAAAAAGGAAUAUUGUUAACAAUAUAAAUAAUUAUAUUAUGUCUAUAACUGACGUUAAUUAUAUGAAUAACUUUAUUAAUAUGACUAAUGGGACUUCUAUAAAUAAUAUUAAUAAUAUAAAUGGUACCAAUUGUUGUACUGAUAAUAAGAAGAUUUAUAAUAAAAUUGAAUUAAAACUUAGUGAAGAUAAUAAAGAUUUAAAUAAAUAUAUGAACCAUGAUUAUAAUUUUGUGCAUCAUAUAAAUAAUGAUAAAGAUAUAAAUUGUAAUAUAGUAAAAGAAGAGAAAAAAACAUAUUCUUCUUUAAAAAACAAACAAAUUAACCUUAAUGAUAAAAGUGAUAUUAGUAUUAAUUGUAAUAAUAUCAGCAGUUACAACACAUAUAUCACUGAUACAACGAAAGACGAUUUUUAUGCAUCACAAAUUGGAAGCAUUAAGAAAAUAAAUAGUCCUAUUAUUGAUAAUAAUAGUAAUAAACACAAUGAUGUAAAAAAUAUCAAUAAUGAUAUAAAUAAUUUUGAUUAUAAUAAUUCAAAUAGAUCAGACUAUUUUUCAAAUAAAGAAAAAAGUUCUAAGGAUUUUGAAAGUAUCCAUCAUGACUUAGAUAAAAAAUAUAUUGAAAACGAUAAAUAUAAUUAUAUUUUUAAAAAAUGUAUGUCUAAUAUAAUAAAAAAUGAUAAUUUUAAUAAUAUUAUGAUUGAAAUAAAUAAUGAUAAGAACAUAAAUGAAAUUAAUAAUAUAAAUCAUAUAUAUGAAACUCAAAAUGUUCAUAAUGAAAAUAAUGUAAAGGACGUAGAUAUAAUAAGAGAUGCAUGCAAAAAUAGUAUUGAUAAGGAAAUAAAUUGCAUAAACAAUAAAAAAUAUAUUAAUAAUUUAAAUAAUGUAAACGAAACUAAUCCUACAAAUGAUUUUAGUUACAUAAAAGAUGAUAAUAAUAUAAAUGAUAUAAAAAAUGUAGAUAAUAUAAAAAAUAAUUUAAAUGGAAUAAGUGCAUUAAAUGAAUUAGAUAGUGUAAAUGAUAUAGGGUGUAUAAAUAAUGUAAAUAGUAACUUUAUUAAUGAUAUAACUUGUAUAGAAAAUGGAAAUACUAUAAAUAAUAUGAAUGAUAACUAUAUGAAAGAGGUCAGUUUAAUAGAUAAAAUAAGUAAAAUAAACGAUAAAAAUUCUAAUGAAAUAAACAAUAACAUAAAAUAUUGCGAUACUAAAAAUAUUUUAAGCAUGAAUAUAAAUAAUAAGUCUAAUAAUUGCAUUGAUUUUUACAAUAAAAAUCUCUAUCAUGAUUUAGAAUGUGAAAAUGGUGACAUGAAUAUGAAUAAAAAUAUCACAAAAGAAAAUGAAAUUUUUAAUAACAAAAAAUGGUUAAAAUUUUUCAGUGAAAGGACAAAUAAGACAUACUUUGAAGAAAUCGUAAAUGGAAAUGAAUCAUUUAGUAAAAAUACUGAAAACGAUAAAAAAAAAAAUUGCUUAAAUUUUUCUAACAAUGAAAAUAUGAAACUACCCAAUUGCUGUAACAAUGAUAACUUUUUAAAUAAUUGGAAUGAUAAUAUGAAAGAUAUAAAGAUUAAUGAAAAAAAAGAAUUUAUAAUAAAAGAUAUUAAUAAUGAAAAUUUACUUAGUUUAAAUUUAAAAAAUGAUAUAAUUAAUGAAGUAGAACCUCAAAAUGAGAAUAAAGACUUAAAAAAUAAUGAUACAAAAACGGAUUCAAAUACAUCAUUUGAUAUAUGUGAAGAAAAAAUAUUCCUAAAAAAAGAAAAGGAUAAAACUAAUGAUUUCAAUGAAAUGAAUUUUGUAAAUUUUCCUUUAGAUAAAAAAGAGAAAUUAUCCCAAAUAAAUGAAGUAAAAAAUUUAAUUGAUAACAUUAAUAAUAAAACAAACAAUGAAAAAAUGUUAAAAAAGGAAAAUAUUUAUAAUAGCAAUUUUAAUAUUCAUAUAAAUGGAAAUAUAAAAAAUAAUGAAAAUGUAAGUGGUGAAAAAAUGGAAAGUUUAUAUAAAUGGUUAUCAGAAAAAAAUAUUUCUGAAAGAGAUUUGUAUUUUAAAGAAGGAUACUCACUACAAGAUCAUGAAAUGGAGUUUAAAAAAAUGAGUAAAGAAACCUUAAAUAAAAAUCCAAAUGAUCAUUUAGGUAAUAUAAUAAAAUUUAAAUGUGAUAUUAAUAAAUAUUCAGUAGAUAAAAAUGUUGAAAUGAAAAAAGUAAAUGAAUAUUUUUAUAAUAUUAAUAAUAAUAACAAUCAAAAUAGUAACUAUAACAAUGACAAUAAUAAUUGUGUAGAUAAUGAUAAUAAAAAUAUAAAUAAUACCUGUAGUAGUAAUAAAGUAAAUAAUAGCAAAAAUGUAUGCAAUAUUGAUAUGAAUAACUUUGGUGGUAGUAAUAAUAAUAUUGAUAUUUACAAAAAUAGUGAUAAUAAAAAUAAUAAUAUUAACAAUAAUGUCUAUAGUGAUAUAAAUAACAUUGAUAAUAAUAAUAAUAAUGUUUCCAGUGACGAUAAUAGUGAUAAAGAAGAAAUGGAGAAUAAUAGUGAGAUUCAUGAUAUUCAAAACAAUAGAUAUAGUACUACCAAAAAGCAUAAUGAAAAUGAACAAGUUAAUUUUUCUACUAAUAAGAAUUUUAAUAAUAUUAAAAAAUUUUAUAAAAAUAUUCAUACUAAUAAAAAUUCUAUAAUAAAUAAUAGGUAUAAUUAUUAUUAUGAUAAUUUAAAUAAUAUCAAUAUUUGUUAUGAUGAAAGUACAUAUUAUAUUGAAAAAACAAACCAAUGCAAUAUAGAAGGCAGCAUAGGCGAUUUUCCUACAUCGUAUGAUAAAUUAAAAGAAAUGAAUCCAUUAUAUUGUAAUGUAAAUGUAGAAAAAAUAAAUAUGAAUACUAAUAUUAAUACUGAUUUCAUAGAAAAUGAAGAAAAUGAUGAGAAAAAGAUAAAAACUAAAGAUAUAAGUUAUUUGAGAAAUAAUUACAAAUGGAGUUAUUUGGAAUUAAAUUAUCCCAAGAAUAUAAAUUUUAAAAAGGCUUUUUUUUUUAGUUAUAAAAAUGAUAUUUAUAUUUUUGGUGCAAAACAAAAUAAUUUUAUAAUUCCAGAUAAAAUUUUUAAAAUAAAUAAAAAUGAAAUCGAAACAAUACGUACUAAAGGAGUACAACCUCAAAUAUAUUUAAAAAUUUAUUUUUUAUAUGACGUAGGUGAUAAUUCAUUAUGGGAUUUUAAAUUAACUAAUAAUUACACGAAUGACAAUUUAUAUAAAUAUAAUAAUGAUGAAGAGAGAGAAGACAAAAAUAAAUAUGAUAAUAAUUUGAUAAACUUAAUUCAUAAAAAUAAAUAUUUUUUAUUUUCAGAUCAACAUAAUUAUAAUAAAGAUAAUAAUUUAUGUAGUAAUUUAAUAGAAGGAAUUGACAAUGAAUAUGAUAAGGAAAAAAAAUAUUUUUAUAUUUUAGGAUGUAAAGAACAAAGAACAGUUGAUUUUUAUACUAUAUAUAAAUUGGAUAUGAAUAAUUUCCAAUGGGAAGAAAUAAAAAUUACAUAUAAUAGAUUACUAAAUCUAUCAAGAGAAGACUUUUCAAUUAUCUUAAUAAAUAAUUGUUUGUAUUUAUUUGGAGGAGUAAUAUUAUCAAAUGAUAAAUGGAAUUGCUGUAAUGAAUUCUGGAAAUGCAACAUAAAAAAGAGAAAAUGGAAACUUUUGAAACUAAAUAAAAAAAAAAAAAAAGAGGAUGAUUUAUAUUACAAUUUUAAUACACCAUAUUCAUUAAAAUACCUAAUAAAUUUAAAAAAAAUAAACGAAGAUCAAAUUGAUAGUAAUAAUCAAAUUGAAAAUGAAAACAAAGACAUAAUGAAAAAUGGAAAUGAAAAUAAUAGUUCAAGUCCUAAUGAUAAUAAAAAUUUUAUUGAAAAAUGGCCAACUAGUAGAGCAUGCCAUUUAUGUGCUUUUUAUAACAAUAAAAUUUUUAUUCAUGGUGGUACAAAUUUAAUAGAAGAAAAAGGUGACUUUUAUUUCUUCGAUUUAAAAAAAAAAAAAUGGUAUGAAAUUUUAUGUAAUAGUCAGGAUUAUCCUUCAAACAGAUAUGGACAUUCAGGAUUUUUUAUAAAAAAUAAAUUAUAUAUUUAUGGUGGAUAUACAAAGUAUAUGAAUUAUGGUGUUCUUAAAAAUGAUUUCUUUGAAUAUGAUUUUGAAGAAAACAAAUGGAAACAAAUAUUUACCAUUGAUGAUUUACUUUAUUUAAAAAUUGAUUUAAUUAAAAAAAAAAAAAGUUAUAUUAAAUUUUUACAACUAUUAAUUUUAAAAAAUUACUAUAAAAGUCAAUUAGUAAAUAGUUUUAACUUAAGUAAUGAUCAAUAUGACAAAAGUACUAUUGAUAAUGACAUAAACUUCAAAGAAAAUAUUUCUAAUAAUGAUAAUAGUAAUAAUCACAAAACUAAAUUAAACACUUACAUAAUAGAUGAUACUAAAAUAAAUGAUGAAGCAAAAAAAAGUGAAUGUAUAAAAAUAAUGAAUGAGAAAGAAACUUAUGAAAAAAAUUCCUUUGAAAGUUAUUUACCAAACAAUGGCAUUUUAAUAAAAUAUAAUUAUAACCCAUUUUUUCAAGAAAUUGCAUCAAAAACAAGUUUUAAUAAUUCUUUUUUAUUUAGUGAUUAUUUUUGUGCCAAUAAUUUAUAUGCAUCAAAAGAAUUUGAUAUAUUUUUCAAAAACAAUAAAAUACAAAGAAAUUUAUAUUGCAAUUUUUUAUGUAUAGAGGAAUCAGAAUUAUGGAAAAAGAUUAUAAUACCAUAUAAUAAUUUUAGAAAUAAUUGUCUUUAUUUUAACAAUUCUUUAUAUUUUUUUGGUGGUUGUGGUUUAGAUAAUAAUACCCAAGAAAAUACAUAUAACAGUUUUAUUUAUUAUGAUAAUAUUUUAAAAAUUCAAAUAAAUAAAUCAUAUAUUGAUUUUAUAUUACACUAUUUAUUUUAUGUUGACAACUUUUUUUUUGAAUUUAUUGAAAAUUUAAAAAAUAAUAUUUUAAAAGAUAUAAGAAUUGGUAAAAAAAAUGAAAUACAACAUGUAGAUGAAAGAAGUAAGAUAAGUUGUGAUUAUAAAACAAAUGCAACUUAUAAAAAAAAUGAUGUAAACAUAGGAAAUUGUGAAUUAAAAAAAGAUCAAAAUACUUAUGAGGUAUAUAUGAAUAUUAAAAUAAUUGAUGAUGAAUUACAUAACACGUAUAUGAAUAUAUAUGAAAAAGGAGAUUACAAUGAGAAAAAUGAAAGAAAUUCUUGUGAAAAUCAAAUAGUGGAGCAAAAUUAUACAGAAGAUAAAAAUAUAUCAAAGUUAGAAAAUCAAAAAUUAGGGAAUAUUUUUCUAUCUGUUCAAAAAAAAAAGAUGUAUGAACUUUUAACUUUUUUAUUUGAUUUAUAUGAAAAUAUUUAUUCUAAAAAUAUGAUACCAGAAAGAUAUCAUGAUCAAAAUGAAAAGAUAAAUAUUCACAGUAAAAAUGAUCUCUAUGAUGAUUUAUAUGAAAAAACAUAUAUAGAGCAAAACGAUCUUAAUUAUAAUAUUAGUCAUGGUAUGUUCACAAAAAAAAAUGUAGAGAUUAAAAUAAAUGACGAUAAAUUAUCAGAAGAGGUAGAAAAAAAUAAAAGCUUACUUUUCCAAACAAGUAAAAGCGAAGAUCAAGAAAAAAAUAUAUUCCAAGGAAAUAGAGAAUAUGAAAUAGACAAUUAUAAUAAAAAUGAAAAUUCUUUUAAAAAUAUUUAUGAUAUCAGUGGGAUACAGUAUUCUAAUGAAAUAAAAAAAUAUCAAAAUGAAAAUAAAAGUUAUAAUAUACUAGAAAAAGAUGCCUUUAAUAAUAUUGAGAGUAAUAAUAAAAAUGUAAAUUCAAUUAUGAAUGAUAACAAUGUGAGUAAUAAUUUAAAUUAUGAGGAGAUUCGUAGUGAAAACUACAAUGAAAGUUUUAAUGUAAUAAGUAAUGAGAACUAUAAAACAAAUUAUAAUGAAGUAAACAAUGAAAAUUACAAUGAUAAUUACGAUAUAAAUGGUUAUUAUAAUGAAAACUAUAACAAUAAUUAUAAUCAAGAUUUUAAUAAAAGUUAUUAUGAAAAUAACGGUGAUGUUUUAUACACAAAUCAUUUGCCUUUAAAUGAAUCAUCCAUUACAAAUAAUAAUAUUAUUAUUAAAAAUUAUGAAAAUAUUAAUUUAAAUGAUAAUAUAAAUGAAAUCAACAAUUUCAAAGAAUAUGAACACUUUAGUUCAUCUGAAAUGGAAAAUAUUUACAAUAGUAAUAUUUAUAGUAAUAUGAAUAAAACCAAUGUUUAUGGAUAUAACAAAAAAAAUUUUAAUUACAACGAGGAAAAUAUAAAUAAGAAUAAUUUCACUUCUUAUUGUAAUAGUUCAAAUAUAGAAAGUAGAAGAAUGCAUAAUGAACAAAGAAACUGUGAAGAUUUUUAUAAUUGUUAUGAAAGUAACGAAAAUAAUUUUAUAAUACAAAAAUACUUCAACAAUAAUCAGAUAAACUUAAAUAUUGAUAAGUCAAUAAUAUACAAUUAUUUAGAAAAUUUUCAUGAGUUAAAUGAUGAAAAAUAUGCAAUUAAAAUGAAAAUAAAAAGAAACGAUAUAUAUAAAUUGAUUUAUACAUAUACAAAAAAUGUAGAAAUAGAAAACAGUAUUUAUUUUAGAAAAAUUGAAAAAUUAGAAGCGCAAGUUAAAGAUUUAUUGGAAGAAAAAAAUUCCUUAGAUAAAAGUAACAAAAUGAAGGAAACAGAAAAUACUGAAUAUCCUUUUAAUGAAGUACAUUUUGACAAAUUAAAAAAUGAAGUUACUUAUUUGAAAAAAAAAUUAAAUCAUUUUUAUGACAUCAUAAAUAUAUAUAGUAUAAAAUUACAAAAACAAAAUUUAUAUAUCAAAAUUAUUGAAAAUAAGUAUGAAUAUUUAAUGAACUAUUUAUUAAAACUUAAAUCAGUUUUAUAUAAGGAAAGUAUUAGUAAUGACAUUUGUAAGUUUUUCUAUGAAGACAACUUUUUUAUUCAUGAAAAAAAUAAUGCAUACACCGAAAAUAGCAAAAACGUUACUUUUAAUAAUAGUAAAAUUAGAGAUAGUUCUAAUUUUAACGAAGUAGAUUAUAUAAGUCAUAUAUAA